GCAAAAGAUAUGAAGUGGAAGAAGCAGAAGGCAAUCUAAAAGGCAUGGCUUCCGUUGCGUCUUGGCAUCCUCUGUUCCUUCGACCUCGCACAAGCAAUUUCACCGCAACCUCGAAGAACCCAGGCACCGCCAUAUGUAGAAAGAGCUAUCUCCAAUGUUGCAACAACAAAAAACAAGAACCACAACUAGAACAAGAAGAAAAACCAGUUUUUGGGAUGCAAUGCCAAGCCAAGAGAAGACAAGUUUUGCUUGGGACGACUUUUGCUGCAUUUUCUUUUCCGGAAAUUUAUUCAAAAAACAUUGCAUUGGCCGAGAAUGAGGGUUUUCGUGUUUUCACCGAUGAUGUCAACAAGUUCCAGAUAUCAAUUCCCCUAGACUGGCAAGUAGGCGCAGGAGAACCAAGUGGGUUCAAGUCAGUUACUGCUUUCUACCCGGAAGCGGGUUUUAGCUCAAUUAGUGUCGUAAUCACGGGGCUUGGUCCGGAUUUUACAAAGAUGGAAUCCUUUGGCAAGGUUGAAGAAUUUGCUGAGACUCUGGUCAGCGGACUAGAUAGGAGCUGGCAAAGGCCGGCAGGAGUUUCAGCAAAACUCAUAGAUUGCAAAUCAUCUAAAGGGCUUUACUACAUUGAGUAUUCACUGCAAAAUCCUGGUGAUAGUAUGAAGCACCUCUAUUCAGCUCUUGGGAUGGCAAGCAACGGCUGGUACAACAGAUUAUAUACCGUCACCGGCCAGUUUGCAGAGGAAGAAUCGGAUAAGUACAGUUCCAAAAUUGAGAAGGCUGUAAAAUCCUUUAAGUUCAACUGAGAUGUGCCAAGAGAAGAUUAUGCAGAUUGUGACUUAACCACGGAUUUGUGUAAAUAACAUUGCAGCAGUACCUUUUAAAAUAUGGAAGUUUCAGAAAUAUUUGUUAUGAAUAUAUGCUUUUGGAAGAGUCGGUGCAGUUCAACACUUCAAC